AACAAAUACCUACCUACAAAUGUUUUUAUGAACUAUUUUAAUCGUGUUCAUUUUUGUUUAAGAACAUUAAAAUAAUUGAUGAAUUGUGACAUCAUCAUCACUGUACAUACUUCAAUAUAAAAUUUUAAUUAUUAACAAAAAUGCUCAAUAUAAAAAAAUACGGCAGUAGUUCAGAGGAUGAAAGUGAUGAUUCAGAAACAAACCAGUUCAGCAAUGAAGCUCUCUUGACCCAUCUUAAGCCUGUUGAUCCAAGUUUGUCCGUGGCCAAGACCAUGCAAGUAUGUGCUGCUCCAGCUGUGGUGCCUACGAAUGAAGAUGACACUAGAGUUUUAAUACCAGCAAAUGCAAAAGAGUUAACACACAAUCCAAAGUAUGAGGAGCUGUUUGCACCUGCUUUCGGACCAGAGAAUCCAUUUCAAACACAGCAAAUGAAGGCAACGAGAAACAUACUAUCUGGCUAUGUAGAAUUGGCACAUAUUAGCGAUUUUCAGUUUGAGAAUCAACGAAGAACAUUUACGAGUUAUGGUUAUGCUGUAGAUCCUUCUACAAAUGUUGAGGAGCAAGAAGGAGAUGCUAUAGUGAAAUCUGCUAUGAUAGACCCUAAAGAAGAUACAGAAGGCAAAUCAGUUUUUGAAACAAUAAAAAAGCGACCCCUAGACAAAAAGAAGAGAACCAAAAAUGACAAUCCUGAAGACAUUAAUGGAUUUCUAGGACCCUGGGGAGGUUUUGAAGGAGAACAGAGGAUAAUGAAGCCGGAAGGCGAUGAAGCAAAAGAAUUAGAAGAGAUUUUAGCUAAGAGACAGAAGAAAGGAAAAGUUGAUGAUGAUAAACCUUUGGAAGAGAGAUCUAUAUUACACAUUGACAAGGUCACCGAUUAUCAGGGUCGGUCUUGGAUCGAGGCGCCCCGAAGCGAAACACAACUGCGAAGCGAGUCACCUCCCGACAAAUGUUUCCUACCGAAGGCGCACAUAUUCACGUGGAAGGGGCACACGAAGGGCGUGGCGGCGGCGCGCUGGUUCCCCUCGACGGCGCAUCUCAUGCUCUCCGCCGGCAUGGACUGCAGGGUCAAGAUAUGGGAGGUGUACGGUGACCGUCGCUGCAUCAGGACGUACUUCGGGCACCGGCAGGCCGUCCGGGACGUCAACUUCAACAAUUCCGGGAAACAGUUUCUGUCGGCUGCGUACGACCGGUACAUAAAGCUGUGGGACACGGAGUCGGGCGCGUGCGUGUCCCGGUUCACGUCCCGGAAGGUGCCCUACUGCGCCAAGUUCCACCCGGACGCCGACAAACAGCACCUGUUCGUCGCCGGCACCUCCGACAAGAAGAUCAUAUGCUGGGACGUUCGGAGUGGCGAAAUAGUCCAAGAGUACGACAGGCAUCUCGGCGCGGUCAACACCAUCACCUUCGUCGAUGAGAACAGGAGAUUCGUGACCACGUCCGACGACAAGAGUCUGCGGGUCUGGGAAUGGGACAUCCCGGUGGACAUGAAGUACAUCGCGGACCCGACGAUGCACUCCCUGCCGGCCGUCACCGCCGCGCCCAACGGCAAGUGGCUCGCGUGCCAGUCCAUGGACAACAAGGUCAUCGUGUUCAGCGCGCUCAACCGCUUCAAGAUGAACAGGAAGAAGACGUUCACCGGGCACAUGGUGGCCGGGUACGCCUGCACCGUGGACUUCUCCCCGGACAUGAGUUAUUUGGUGUCGGGUGACGCGGACGGGAAAUGCUACAUUUGGGAUUGGAAGACUACGAAACUUUAUAAGAAGUGGAAAGCUCACGACGGAGUUUGCAUAACCUCGCUGUGGCACCCACACGAGCCCAGCAAGCUGCUUACCGCGGGCUGGGACGGGGCCAUCAAAUACUGGGACUGAAUAAAACAAUCAAAACCAUU